AUGUCCUCCUUGGCUACGAACAUUGCCGCUGCUAACAAGGCCUUCAGCGAUGCCGCUAACAAGAUUGAGCACCUUCUGGGCCAAGCUUGGCAAUUAGAUGCUGGCGAUCCUGAACAUCUCACUAUUGCGAUGGAGAUGGGCAGGGCUUUGACACAAGCUAUGAUGUCUCAUGGCGGGAGUGUUACCGUCCUCUCGCCACUGAUUUUGUUGGCUGCUGCAGAACUGCAGCAGCACAUGAAUGCAUCCAGGACUGGUCUUACCGGCAUGCCCGAAUUACCGGCGGAGCCCUUCAGCUUCAGCUUCUCCACCACACCCGGGCCCAUCUCAGCUCAGGAAGCUGCCUGCGGUGGAGGAGCCCGAGGAAUUGACGAUGAACUUGAAGAAGAGGAACCGGCGAGUCUGGUUAUUACAACCAAUAAAAGGGCACGCCGUGCCUAUGUCAAAGUGGACACCGAAGAUGAAAUGGAAGAUGAUGGCGAUGAGGAAGAUGCUGUGGAGCUGCCAAGGAAGAUUGCCGCCACGCAUGUUGCCAAGCCAAUGACUUCAGGUCUAGAUCUCAUGAAAGAUGAGUUCACCAAUUCCACGGCGGAAGGGUAUCACAAGGACCAUGGCGGAAAGUUGCGCAUCUGCGCACUUUGCAGCCGCCUGAAGAUUCGAUGCGAAGGCAAGGGCUCCAAGGCACCGAAAAUGAAAACCAAGUCUGUGAUGGCAUGGCGCACACGCUCCCAAUCUCGGUGCUGUCGCUCACCACCACCUGCCGCAGGUGCUUUUGCGGAUGCUCCGGCAGCCAGCCAGGAGCAGCUACCGCUCCUGCAAUUCGAGAUCCGGGCUGAGCCAGCCCCUCCCAGCAUCCCUAAUCAGGAGAUGCAGGAUCUCCGCGACGAGGUUGCCAGCCUUUGGGCGACCGUUGAAGCCUUGCAGCAGCAAGUUGUUAAUGGCGACUGGCAAUUCCAGGAGAUGUUGGCAGCACAGGACCAAUGUGCUGAUCUGCUGGCAGCUGAGUUACAACCUACUGCUGGCACUGACCCCGUCGAUGUGCUGCCAGGUGCGCAAUCACCUUUGGUGCAAACCGCUCAGCCUACCCCUGACACUCCAGCCAGUGAUUCGCAGCCAGGCGCUGAACCUUUGUUGGUGCCCACUGAGGACACGUCAAUCCCGUUGGGCACCACACCUGCCGGUACCUCCACUGAGGCCAAUUUUGAGCUGGCUGCCAGUCCAGCCACGCCUCAAGCUGAGGUUGCUUGUUUGCCGGUAGUCAUUCAAAUUUAUAUUUCAUGA